GAAGUAACCUCGUCCUCUGUGCCUUUCUUCUCUCCCAGGUUCACCCCACCACCCCACCAUCACCAUGGCUCCCAAGAUCGCUAUCGUCUUCUACUCCAUGUACGGCCACAUCCUCAAGCUGGCCGAGGCUGAGAAGAAGGGUAUUGAGGCUGCUGGCGGUUCCGCCGACAUCUUCCAGAUCGCCGAGACCCUCUCCGACGAUGUUCUGGCUAAGAUGCACGCUCCCCCCAAGUCCAGCUACCCCAUUGCUGAGGCCAACACCCUCCUUGAGUACGACGCCGUUCUCUUCGGUAUCCCCACUCGCUACGGUAACUUCCCCGCUCAGUGGAAGGCCUUCUGGGACCGCACUGGUGGUAUCUGGGCUUCCGGUGGCUACUGGGGCAAGUACGCCGGUCUCUUUGUUUCCACCGGUACCCAGGGUGGUGGUCAGGAGUCCACCUGCCUUGCUGCCAUGAGCACCCUCGCCCACCACGGUUUCGUCUACGUCCCUCUCGGCUACAAGACCGUCUUCGCUCAGCUGUCCAACCUCAACGAGGUUCACGGUGGUAGCGCCUGGGGUGCUGGUACCUUUGCUGGUGCCGACGGCUCCCGCCAGCCCAGCGCUCUCGAGCUCGAGGUUGCUGAGGCCCAGGGCAAGGCCUUCUACGAGCACGUUGCUGCCCACAACUUCGCUUGACUACAUGGUAGCGAGCAGGCAAAGUCGGAGUCGCAGCCUGCGGCGGCCGCAGCAGCGUCGCAAAAGCAGACAACUCAGACUCCGAAAUCCCAGCCUGCGCCAGCCAAGAACGGUCAGGGCACUCAGGGAGCGAGUGAUGCAGACAAUAGUAACGAGGGACCAUGUGGUUUGCCUAAGAAGUGCACCAUUAUGUGAAUCGAUUUACAUUGAUACCCUGCAGUUUCAUUCGUGCCUUGCUUUGCUUUGACCGGGUUGGAUUGGAUACUGGCGUUUAAUUCGGAGGACUGGGUCUCUUGUUGUUGUGAUGCUAUUUCCUUAUUAUAAAUAGAACAGAGUCAUAAUAAAUAAAUAUACAUUUA